AUGCACCUAGUGGCUUGUAUGAAUCAUCCGGUCAUCGAUAUUUGUCCUAUAAAAGAGCAAGUCCAACACUCCGUAAAACAUAAUCUACCAUUCAAUUGUCGAAAGAACUCUAUCAGCUCACAAUUCAAGAGUCAACGUUCAAACAACUCCAACAUCAACAUGAAUCGUAACUUGUCUUUGUUUCUUUUGGUCGUCGCAGUGGUUUUGCUGGUGGCAGCCACAACGAUCGAUGCAGAGUGUCGCUGGCUCGACUGCCAUGCACAUUCGGCCGGAGACUGGUGCAACAUUCUUGGACCCGGCUGGAAGGUGAAGAAUUGGAGACGGUGUAACGGUUUGCUGGGAAAAUCUGAACACUGCUGCAAAUAA